AUGGGCUCGAACGUGGGGUCUUCCUUGGAUUCCCACUUCUCUGAAUUCUUUGGGAUGAAUGUCGAGAGAUACGCAGACGAGCAGUUCAACCAGCUGGACAUGCCAGGCGGCGACGAUUUCUACGAUAUCACGACCAUCUUCAGCGAAGGCUCGCAAGAGAUGGAGGACGGAUCGUUGCUUAUGACUGAGGGAUUCGAAUUGCAGCAGGCAAUGAACGCAUUCGAGAUCGGGGAACCAAGGCUGGAUACAGGAAUGAGGAGCGAGAGCGAUAUGAAACCGCCAUUUAAUCCCUUAACAUUAUUGCUGCCCGGCGAAGUCUGCUGGAUAAUGGAUCGGUCGUUUGCGUAUGAGAUGCUAUGGCACGCCGGGAAUUGUUUGCCUCAUUCCGUUCUGACCAUCCAAUAUGUACACCGUCUCAGUGACAUGGACCCGGAACUCCUUUACUUGCGAUCUGCGGUUGUUCAAGAAGAUGCCGAACGGCCGCUUGAGCUAAUAACAGUCGUUCUGAGGUCGUUCAUGUCUGGCUUGAUGAAAUGCUGUGACUUUUCAUGGAGGAGGCUUAACGAAGGCUCUACAAGAGAGAUGGAAGACUGGCAAUCCGACAAAUGCGAAGUCUCAUUCUUAGAGGGUGUUCCCUCGGUGUAUCUGCAAACCAAACUUGACGAGGCCGACUUUUGGCUAGAACACUCUUAUAAAGUUCCUCAGCAAUGGCGCGAGCCUUUGCGCGCUAGAGUUAGGCUACGUAAUGUCUACCUUCAAAUGUUAGGUCUAGACGUCCAUAAAGAUACCCACAAACUCCAAAUCCUGCUUUCGACUGCGAAGCAACACCUCACUACGAUCCGCAACUACCCGUCGCCAGAGCCGUCGCCCACAUCUCCAGCACACCUCGCUUUCGACCCACAUCUAGCUCGUCUGCUGACUUGCAGCGUUCCUCUCCGAAUAUUGGAUGUUCCACACAUCAUAGACACCUGGGACAGUUUGACCCGCUUCCUGGAUGACUGGGUGGAAAUAGGGAAACUAUCUUCUGCACAGAACCUCGCAACAUGGGAGCUGGCAGGGACCCUCCAAAGUUAUUCACGCAGUCCCACACCAGCCUAUCUUCGAAGUACAGCCCAGUUGACCUUCUACGACGGUCUCCUUGUACUUCAUGAUUUCAUGCCUUCGUGGGUCGUGGAACGAUUCUUUUUGGAGACGAUGGGCAUACGUUACAAUAUCCUGAGCCAGGCAAUUCGUGAACGUUGGAAAGGAGGCGAUGGGCCUCCCUUUGCUGAGAUGGAACGUCAUUUCACCAAGGUGAUCACGCCUCAGCUGCAAAGCCACUGGAACAACGUCCCUCGACGUAGACGUAGUCUAGCGAAGUUAUUGCUUCCUUGGCACAAAUUGUACGAUCUUGUCGUGGAAAUGACAGGAAGUCUUGAUACUACUGAUGAGACGGGCUUGAUCCUUCGUCAGAUACCUAACGCAGUCUUAUCAUGGAGGUUAGCCGUCAUUCGUGAAGUUAUAUUUUCCGGCUUCCAGCUGGAUCUUUACACGUCGGAAGAACGCGCUUUCGCGUACCUCUUUGCCGUCCAAACUAUCGAGAAGCAUAUUUCAUGCCUAGAGCAGUUAUCUGGCGUUGUACCGGCAGGUACCCCGACGAAGAUGGAGAUCGAUUUCAACGUCCAGUACCUCACUGCACUGCAGCUCAUCUCGAUGGCAUUGUUCUCAGUUGUUACAAGGCUCAUGUCGUUCGAACCACAACGCCUCGAACUUAAUUUUAUAAGGCGGUACAAAUGGGCCUUUCUUCCAGAGUACGAUUCUAUUACCACAUGCGAUGCAGCUUGCCCCGAGUUCUCGUCGUUUCUACCAGCAUGUAAAGAAAUUCUCGAAGAUGUCUAUUUUUCGCCAUCCGAUAAUAUUCGGCUUGCUCGCAAGAUGCUUUCAGACCUCAUCAUGCAGCCCUCUCAUACCAGCUACUGGUAUUCGGAGAGAAUCAAGUUCGUCAGAGACACCAUCCGGGCCUGCGACUCGCUAGAUGCAUUACCAUCAACCACGGCCGGGAUACGAGCGUUUGAUAUAGGACUUCUCCUAUGGGAUCCCACUCUAAAUCACCCAUGGUUCCCGACUUUAUCUUCGCAGGGAGCGGAUAAACGAAGAAGGCAACCAGCCAGACCCAACGUCGGUUAG